CUUUGGUUACAUGCAGUUUCUUAUACCUCUGCAAGCGUUUUCUCAGCUCAGUUGGUACUGUGCACUGGACAUGAUCAUCACCAGCAGAGAACAGAAAUUCUAAACAGAUUUUCACCCUUAGAAGAAAUGGAUUAUAUAGAAGAUUUAGACUAUGACUAUCCUGAAAAUGCGUCCUACACUUAUGAGUCCUCCAAUAUCACUACACGUGAAGAGCCAAUUUUUCAGCACAAGCCAACAUGUGAAGGCUCCUGUGUGACUUUAGUCGUAAUUAAUGUGAUCGUUUUCCUGCUGGGCAUCUGUGGGAAUGGUUUGGUCAUCUGGAUUUCUGGCUUCAAGAUGAAGAAAACAGUCAACACCAUAUGGUACCUGAGCCUUGCGCUCUCUGACGUUAUGUUCUGCUCCUUCAUCCCAUUCAACAUUGCCCACACGGUGACUGAGGAGUGGAUUUUUGGCCGUUUCUUGUGCAAGUUUAUCCCGUCAGUUAUGUUCCUCAACAUGUUCAGCAGCAUCUUCGUCCUUGUCAUCAUCAGCGUCGACCGCUGUGUUUCAGUCAUGUUUCCAGUUUGGGCUCAGAACCAGCGCACUGUUAAAAAGCCAUUAGUUGCUGUUGUCAUGGCGUGGUUGCUCACCGUUGCAGUUAGCAUUCCCUCUAUGAUUUUUCGGAAAGUUAAGGAACACCUAGGUCGGAUGAUUUGCUCGAACAGUUACACACACCAACACGGUCGCAAGUUUGUUGCAGUGAGCCGUUUCAUCGCUGGCUUUGUUAUCCCUUUCAUCAUCAUUACCAUCUGCUACUCUGUCAUCAUCCUCAAGCUUCGAACCAACAGGAUGGCCAAAAACACCAAACCAUUCAAGGUGAUGACUGCUCUGAUUGUUGCGUUCUUUAUCUGCUGGCUCCCGUACCAUGUGUUCAUCCUACUUGAGCUGAACCCCCACCACCACAACCUCACCAUUUUGAGGAUCGGACUCAAAGCAGGCACUGCUUUGGCAACAGCAAACAGUUUCCUCAAUCCUGUGUUGUACGUUUCCAUGGGCAACGACUUCAGGCGUACAUUUAAGAGCUCUCUGCUCUCAAAGAUGGAGAAUGCAAUGGGAGAUGAAGGUCGUACCACCAGCCGUUACCUGUCCAGGUCCACCUCUAGAUGCCUCUACACACAUCUAGAGGUGCAAAAAUCACCCCAAACUGUUUCAGUCAGUUGGUUCACUGGACAACAAAAAUAAUGUUUAAAAAUGUGCAAUCAAUCAACAUGUAAAAUAUGUCUUUACUUGGAGAAGGAGAACCGUGAAUGAACUAUGUAUAUUCCAGCUGUAAAAAUGACCGUGUAUUAUACAUUAGACUCAAAGCAUUACCUGUAUAUUAAGUGUUGUACUAAAAUAAAAUGAAUUAAAAACAA